AAUAACGUAUGGCGUAGAUAUAUUAAUAUUAUGUGACACAUGACAGAAGCUCGAAACAAAUGACUGUGAAUGAAAAGCCCUAUUGUGAUCUUGCGUUUUGGAUGUAAAAUUGUAACUGUAAACUGUAUUGAGAUAAAUAAAAUCAAGAGUAAUCAAAUGGAAGUAAAACAAGAAAUUAGCGAUGAAACGUGUAAAGUAGAAGUAGAGUACAAGGACCUGGAUUAUGAUGCUUUUUUGGAUGGCUUCAAAUGUGAAAUUAAGGAUGAAUCCAAUACGCAAAGUACACAUGAUACACAUGAUUAUUUAGACGUAAAGGAACAUCUUAUAAAUACUAAAAUAGAACACCAUGAAGAUAUUCACCCAUUUGACCAAAAAACUGAAAAAGGUUGUCUCCAAGACGAACCCAAAAUGGAAACUACGAAUACACCAAUUGAAGAUUCAUCUAACGAUGGAAAUUAUAUGAGUCAACGCUACAAAGAAAAAACAUUCAAUAAAAAUAAGAAAGUUGGGAGUAGACAAAGACAUUACAAGUGCGAAAUUUGUUUUAAGCAGUUUUCUCAAGUAUGUAAUUUGAAAACACAUUUGAAGGUUCACACUGGAGAAAAACCAUAUACGUGUGAUAUUUGCUUUAAAAAGUUUAGCCAAGCAAAUCCUUUGGAAAGACAUUUGAGAGUACACACUGGAGAAAAAUCUCACAAGUGUGAAAUUUGUUUUAAGCAGUUUAGUCAACAGGUUCAUUUGAAAACACAUUUGAUGGUUCACACUGGAGAAAAACCAUAUACGUGUGAUAUUUGCUUUAAAAAGUUUAGCCAAGCAAAUCUUUUGAAAAGACAUUUGAGAGUACACACUGGAGAAAAAUCUCACAAGUGUGAAAUUUGUUUUAAGCAGUUUGCUCGGAAAGACCAUUUGAAAAUACAUUUGAGGGUGCACACUGGGGAAAAACCUUACAAGUGUGAAAUUUGUUUUAAGCAGUUUGCUCAGAAAGACCAUUUGAAAAUACAUUUGAGAGUGCACACUGGGGAAAAACCUUACAAGUGUGAAAUUUGUUUUAAGCAGUUUACAACAGAACCUGGUUUAAAAUACCACCUGAGAAAACACACUGAAGAAAAACCUUAUAAGUGUGAAAUUUGUUUAAAGCAAUUGAUUACAGCACAAGAUUUGAAAUACCAUCUGAGUACACACACUGGAGAAAAAUCUCACAAGUGUGAAAUUUGUUUUAAACAGUUUUCUCAGAAAGGCCAUUUGAAAAUACAUUUGAGAGUGCACACUGGGGAAAAACCUUACAAGUGUGAAAUUUGUUUUAAGCAGGUAACGACAGCACAUGGUUUGAAAGAACAUUUGAGAGUGCACACUGGAGAAAAAUCUCACAAGUGUGAAAUUUGUUUCAAGCAGUUUGGCAAAGCAAGUACAUACUUUAAAAAACCAUCUAAGAAUACACACUGGGGAAAAGCCUCGCAAGUGUGAAAUUUGCUUUAAACAGUUUGGCAGAGCAAGUAUUUUGAAAGAACAUUUGAAAAUACACAGUGGAGAAAAACCUCAUAAGUGUGAAAUUUGUUUUAAGCAGUUUGCUCAGAAACACCAUUUGAAAAUACAUUUGACAGUCCACACUGGAGAAAAACCUCACUAGUGUGAAAUUUGUUUUAAGCAGUUUGCUCAGAAAGACCAUUUAAAAAUACAUUUGAGAGUGCACACUGGGGAAAACCCUUACAAGUGUGACAUUUGUUUUAAGCAGUUAACGACAGCACAUUGUUUGAAAAUACAUUUGAGAGUGCACACUGGAGAAAAAUCUCACAAGUGUGAAAUUUGUUCUAAGCAGUUUACUACAAAACAUGGUUUAAAAUACCACCUGAGAAAACAUCAUCAUCACACAGCCAAAUUUGUCCACCGUCGGACAUAGGCCUCCUCAAGAUGUCUCCACCCGUCUCUGUCCUGGGCAGCUGCAAUCCAGUUUGUCGCUAUUCUCUUAAUAUCGUCGGUCCUUCUGGUAGGUGGUCUUCCACGACUUCGUUUGGCCGCCACUCUAAGAUCUUCCUUGUCCAUCUGUUGUCUCUUUGUCUUGCGACGUGUCCUGACCAUUUCCACUUCAACUUAGUAAUGCGCUUUAUGGUGUCUUCCACUUCAGUUCUUCGCUGUAACUCAUCAUUUCGUAUUCUGUCUCUCAAAGUUAGGUCAAGCAUGGAUCUUUCCAUUUUUCGUUGUGCUACUUGUAAGUUUCUUAUUGAUGUUUUAGUCAAUGUCAGUGUUUCAGCUCCAUAAGUAAGCACUGGAAGUACGCACUGGUCAAAUGCUUUUCUUUUUAGCUUUAUUGGGAUGUUUUCCUUGAACACGUCUCUUAGUUUGCCAUACGCUGCCCAUCCUAAAGCUAUUCUUCUAGAUAAUUCGCAUGUUUGGUUGUCUCUACUUAUUUGUAUUUCGUGGCCCAGAUAGAUGUACCGGGUGUCCACUUAUAUUUUCCCCCAUUUUAACUGCCUAUAACUUCUAAACGGCUCAAGAUAAAAAUAUGCGGUUUUCACUGAAGUGUCUUAUUUUAGUAAAAGUUUUGUCUGAAUGGAUUGAAUUUUUUAUAUCGAUUUCAAAUACGAAAUAAAAUAUGGCGGAUUUUUGAAAAAAAAAACGUUGAUUUUUUUUAAUGAAACACCUAGUAUAUUCUUUUGUAAAUUGAAAGAAAGGUCAUUCACCUAUCUAGCGAUAUAAUGUUUUUCAAAAUCGGUUGUCAAAUCACUGAGUAAUUAAUUUUUAAAAUGAGAGGUGCAAAGUGGAUAUCACAUACCUAAAUAACAUAACUAACCAAGUUAUGUGAUUUCCACAUUGCAUCUCGCAUUUUAAAAAUUAAUUGCUCAGUCAUUUGACAACCGAUUUUAAAAUUUUUUAUAUCGUUGGAUAGAUAAAUGACCGUUUUUUCAAGUUUUUAGGUAAGUGACCAUUUUUUAUAUCGCUUUUAAAUAAAAAAUGGCAGAUUUAAAAAAAAAGUUGUUGACUUUUUUAUUAAAACAUCCAGUAUAUUUUUUGUAUCCUGAAAAAACGGUCAUUUACCUAUCCAGCAAUAUAAAAUUUUUUUAAAUCGGUUGCCAAAUGACAGCAAUUAAUUUUUAAAAUGAGAGAUGCAAUGUGGAAAUCACAUAACAUAAUAUCAUUUUGCUCAGUUAUGUUAUUUAGGUAUGUGAUAUCCACGUUGCACCCCUCAUUUUAAAAAUUAAUUACUCAGUGAUUUGACAACCGAUUUUGAAAAACUUUAUAUCGCUGGAUAGACCUUUAUUUCAAUUUACAAAAAAAUGUACUGAGUGUUCCAUUAAAAAAAAGUGAACGUUUUUUACAAAAAUCCGCCAUUUUUUUCGUAUCUGAAAGCGAUAUAAAAAAUUCAAUCCAUUCAGACAAAACUUUUACUAAAAUAAAACAUUUCAGCGAAAACCGCACAUUUCUAUCUUGAGUCGUUUAGAAGUUAUAGGCAGUUAAAAUGGGGGAAAAUAUAAGUGGACACCUGGUAUUUGUGAACUGUUUCAAUAUGGCGGUUUUCUAGCGUUAGUGGUCCGCUAGGUACUAAAUUGGUCAUCAUUUUAGUUUUCCCAAAGUUUAUUUCCAACCCUACCUUUUGAGAAACUCAUAGUUCUUGCAGCAUUUCGUGGGCUUCCUUAAGUCGUCGGUUUUUAGAACUAUAUCAUCUGCAAAUCGUAGGUGGUUAAGCCUUUCGCCAUCGACAUUCAAACCUCUGUUUGCCCAUUCCAACAUCUGGAAUGCAUGCUGCAUUACGGCAUUGAAUAGUUUUGGUGACAUGUUGUCUCCUUGUCUAACUCCCCUUUUUAGUUUUAUUUUUUGAGUUUGGGCAUGGAUGUUUAUUGCUGUUGUGGCAUUUGCAUAUGUUGAAUAAUGUUGGAAUAUCUGUAGUCGAUUCUACAAUCUCUCAAAGCUCUUAAGAUGGUGUCAUAUAAGCUCGAUAGUGUCAAAAGCUUUUUUGUAGUCAACAAAUACUAGAACUAUCGGCCGGUUGUACUCCACUGUUUUUUCGAUUAGGACCUUUAGGCAAGUUAGAUGGUCAUUUGUACCAUACCCAAGGCGGAAACCUGUUCUCUCGGUUCUCUCGGUUGGCAUGUUUCUAGCUUGUUCUUAAUUCUGGCAGUGAUUAUUCGAGCAAAUAAUUUAUAAAGGUGGUGUGGAAGACUAAUUGGCCUAUAGUUUUCGAGGUCUGUUUCAUCUUCUUUCUUAUGUAUGAGGAGCGUUAUAGAAUUAUUCCAUUCAGCUGGUAUGGCUUGGUUGUCUAAGCAUAUAUUGAAAAGGUGUUUGAUUGCCCCGAUGAGAGCAGAGCCUCCGAUUUUUAGCGCGUCUGCUACUACUCCGUCCUCUCCUGGUGCUUUGUUAUUUUUCAUUUUCUUUAAACCAUGAUAGAUUUCAGCCGUUAUUAUCUCGGGAAUAUCCUCUGAAACUUGAUUCAUAAUUUUUUGUUCUGUAUGUUCUGUCGGGUUUAAGUGAAGUUUAUUUGUAUAUAGUUUUUUAUAGAAGUCUUCCACUAUCUCUAGCAUUUCCUCUCUAUUGGAUGUUAGUUGGCCAUUUUUCCCUUGAGUCUGAUAAUUUCUUUUCUGCUGUAUUUCUCUCUUUGUCGAUGUUAAUUUCUAUUCUAGCGCGAACCAUUCUAUGAUCACUUCCUGUUGUGAAACUGUUUAGGACAGUGACAUCUUUAACUAUAAAUUUUUUGUCUGUUAUUAUAUAGUCAAUUUCAUUUUACGUUUUUGCAUCCAGACUUCUCCAUGUCCACCUUCUAUGGAGUUUUUUUGUAAAAGAAGCUAUUCAUUUCAUAUAAUUUGUUCUGAAUGAGAUAGUUUAAUAAAGUUUGUCCGCGUUCAUUUCUUCCAUCGCUGCCGAAGUUUUCAAGUGCAAAUUCUGAUGGAUCUGAUUUCAUACCAAUUUACCUGAGAAAACACACUGAAGAAAAACCGUAUAAGUAUGAAAUUUGUUUAAAGCAAUUGAUUACAGCACAAGGUUUGAAAUACCAUCUGAGUACACACGCUGGAGAAAAAUCUCACAAGUGUGAAAUUUGUUUCAAGCAAUUGACCUUCGAAACCACUUUAAAAAACCAUCUGAGAAUACACACUGGAGAAAAGCCUCACAAGUGUGAAAUUUGUUUUAAACAGUUUGUUCAGCAAGACCAUUUGAAAGUUCAUUUGAGAGUGCGCACUGGGGACAAACCUUACAAGUGUGAAAUUUGUUUAAAGCAGUUAACGACAGCACAUGGUUUGAAAAUCCAUCGGAGAACACACAGAGAAGUCGUACUAAAUCGUAAAAAAGUGUAAAAUCGUGAAAUUUGUUUUAAGCAAUUAGUUUCGUUCGCGGUAACGAUCCUGGACUAAUCCAGAAUUAGUUACGAAUUCUCUUAGUAUUCGUGUUGUACGGAAGCGCGGUUCUGAAUCAGUUCAGGAUUGAUUUACACCGCGAACGAAUUUAGAACUAGUCCAUAACACUAACUUAGUUUUUAUACGUCCAUAUUAUUUUGAUGAAUU